AUGGAACAUAGGUUCUCUGACAAAUAUAUAGUGGGAGUUCGUUCAUUUAUGAAGUUUGUUCGUGAUAGUUUGGGAGGCGAGUGUAAAAUUCGAUGUCCUUGCCGAGAAUGUUUGAAUGUGUACACCUUAAGUCAAGAAGAAGUUGAGGACCACUUGAUGUUGAUUGGAAUGAGUAUUAGCUACACUAAGUGGGUUUAUCACGGUGAACCUUCUAAUUCCUCUAACAAUAAUAGUCAUGGCUAUGAUAAUGACAAUCGGACUAAUGACAAUUGGGAUAAUGAAAUGGAAAAUGAUGAUGGGUUUCUUGAUAUGUUAGAAGAUUUGCAAAAUGGAGUAGCCAUGGAUGAUGGCACAACAAGAGAAACUAAUAGGGCAGCCGAGAACAUAGAUGAGAUAAGCGCACCACUUGGAAAAGUUAUUGAUGAACUUUAUCCUGGUUGUUUGAAUUUCUCUACAUUAUCUUUCAUUGUCAAGCUUUUGCAUGUUAAGGUGUAUAAUCGUUGGAGUAAUAAAUCAUUUGAUAUGCUAUUGGGAUUGUUAAAGAAGGCAUUUCCUAAGGGUAAUAAAGUUCCAAAUUCUUAUUACGAGGCAAUUAACAUGCUUCGUGACUUGGGCCUUGGUUAUGAGCCGAUCCAUGUUUGUAAAUAUGAUUGUUCCAUAUUUUGGAAGGAGUAUAAGGACUACCAGAGUUGUCCAGUUUGUGGCACAUCUAGGUGGAAAAUUAAUAAAGGUCGUCAUUACAAGCAAAUCCCUUGGAAAGUUUUGCAUUACUUUCCACUAAAACCAAGAGUCCAACGAUUAUACAUGUCUAGAAAAACAGCUGAGGAUAUGAGGUGGCACAAAGAGAAAAGGGUUGAUGAUGGAGUGUUGAGACACCUGGCAGAUGGUGAUGCAUGGAAGGAUUUUGAUAAAGAAUAUGAGUGGUUUGGAAAUGAAACCCGAAAUGUUCGACUUGGUUUAGCAACGGAUGGGUUCAACCCUUUCGGUAACAUGAGUACUUCUUAUAGCAUGUGGCCUAUGAUUGUUGUUUCGUAUAAUUUGCCCCCUUGGAAGUGCAUGAAAGAAUCAUUUUUAUUCCUCUCAUUGCUUAUCCCUGGACGAAAAACACCAAGGAAAGACAUAGAUGUGUUUAUGCAACCUUUAAUAGAUGAGUUAAAGGAGUUAUGGGAUACUGGCAUGCAGACAUGGGAUGCAGUUACAAAACAAAAUUUCAAUCUACAUACAGUUGCUCUAUGGACAAUAAAUGACUUCCCUGCCUAUGGUGAUAUUUCUGGUUGGAGCACGAAAGGGUAUUUGGCGUGUCCUUUUUGUAACAAGGACACUUCAUCACGAAGGUUAAGGAGUAAAAUCUGCUACAUGGACCAUCGAUGA